AUGGCGUCCAGCUAUGCCCACGCCAUGGAGAGGCAGGCCCUGCUGCCCGCCCGCCUCGACGGCCCCGCCGGCCUGGACAAUUUACAAGGCAAGAAGAACUUCUCCGUGAGCCACCUGCUGGACCUGGAGGAGGCGGGCGACAUGGUGGCCGCCCAGGCGGACGAGGGUGGCGGCGAGCCCGGCCGGAGCUUGUUGGAGUCCCCCGGGCUGACCAGCGGCAGCGACACCCCGCAGCAGGACAAUGAUCAGCUGAACUCAGAAGAGAAGAAGAAAAGAAAGCAGAGAAGGAACAGGACUACAUUCAACAGCAGCCAGCUCCAGGCACUAGAGCGGGUCUUUGAGAGGACACACUACCCCGAUGCCUUUGUACGGGAAGACCUUGCACGCAGAGUCAACCUCACUGAAGCCAGAGUUCAGGUGUGGUUCCAGAACCGGAGAGCAAAGUUUCGCCGGAAUGAGAGGGCCAUGCUGGCCAGCAAGAACGCCUCUCUGCUCAAAUCCUACUCAGGGGACGUGACCGCUGUGGAGCAGCCCAUAGUACCUCGCCCAGCUCCGAGACCCACCGACUAUCUCUCCUGGGGUACUGCCUCGCCUUACAGUGCUAUGGCCACCUACUCCGCCACGUGUACCAACGCCAGCCCAGCGCAGGGCAUGAAUAUGGCCAACAGUAUUGCCAACCUGAGACUGAAGGCAAAGGAAUAUAGUUUACAGAGGAAUCAAGUGCCCACAGUCAAUUAACGACUGGAGGCAGCUGCUUCGCAGAAGGAGAAAAUACAACAGCACCCGUCCUGCUUCGCAACUUGUUUGUGCUGAAAGAAAAAAAAAUACAAAAAAAUACAAAAAAAAAAAAGCCAACCCCAACCCAGAACUGAACAUUGGGACCGAAGCGGGAGCAAACUGAACCGCUCGUGAGUGACAAGGUUCCUCCUUCCUUUUGGGAUAAUGCCACCAUUUUUUUUCUUGUUAUUGUCAGGUUUAUUGCUUCUGCUCAAUAUACUACGAGCUUCUUCAGUUAAGGACAGUCUCACCCUUGUUGUUUUCCAUUUUUGUAUGGGACUGCAAAAAGAAACCUCUGCUGAUCUCAGCCUGCGGAUGCCUCCUGCCCAGCACCAUGCUGAGAUGCAAAGCUUGCUCCCCCUGCCCCGGCUCACCCUAGAAGAAGAAUUUGUUCGGUCACUGCUUCCCAUUGUAUCCACCCGACCCUCCAUCCCCCUCCUGAGUCCCUCGUGCCACAGAGGCAGCGGUGUUCCCGUUAGACUGCGAGAAUCCUGUUAGCGCGACGAGAUGGGGGCAUCCUUCCUGGGUUGCCUGGACCGGUCUGAGAUGCAAGGAAGACCUUGGGCUUCGCAGUGUUGCGUUGCUUCCUUGAGGAUUGCCGCCUCGAAAAGCCAAAGAAGAGAGAAAAGCCAGUGUGCGUUUGUGAGGGGGGUGGGAUGUAUUGGGGAGGUCGCUCUGUAGUGCCAGGAAUAGGACUGUUAGGACACUCCUUUCUAUGCCUUACGGUUUGUGCCACAGGGAGAGGCAUUGUCCGGAUGCAUUUGUUUUAUAUAUACUGUAUAUAUUUAUAUAUAUAAGAUAUACAUGCAAGCUUGGUUGGUGUUUUUUAUUAAACGAAAUAAAAUCCAUUGAAAAUGUU